AAGUUCAAUCAGGAGAAACGACAGUGAUUAUCCAGUCGCUGGAUAUUUUAAUGACCAAAAACAUGACAUGUACAGGGAUGAAAGUGUAUUUGACAAACUGUUCUGAAACAAAGGGGAAGAGAAUCCGUAUCUAAAAUGUGGUCCCCCUCCAAAUCACAUUUGAUCUGUCAUAACUAGUCUACUCUUAUAGUGAGAACCCAUGUUAUAAUUGAUAUGUGAUUGUGUUUCUUUUUGUUCACGCCGUAAACUUUGUUUUGUUGAGUCCAUUAAAUGAUGUUCAAUUCAUUGAACCACUCCUAGUUUGUUGCCAGCCUGAUCCACCAUCCUAACCGCUGAAACGAGAGCACAAAGUCAAAGGAGUCCUCGGUACGAGCACAAGACGUUGAAAAUACACCUUUUAGGUUGAAAAGACGUCUCUUAACCAAUCACUGGGCUUCCUCUUCUUCAAACACCAAGACAGUAUCAUCAUCAUAAACCACAACAGUAGAACAUCAGUGGUCUGUACAUCAGGGGAACACAACAGUAGAACAUCAGUGAUCUGUACAUCAGGGGAACACAACAGUAGAACAUCAGUGAUCUGUACAUCAGGGGAACACAACAGCAGAACAUCAGUGGAACACAACAGCAGUACAUCAGUGGUCUGUACAUCAGGGGAACACAACAGCAGAACAUCAGUGGUCUGUACAUCAGGGGAACACAACAGUAGAACAUCAGUGGUCUGUACAUCAGGGGAACACAACAGUAGAACAUCAGUGGUCUGUACAUCAGGGGAACACAACAGCAGAACAUCAGUGGUCUGUACAUCAGGGGAACACAACAGUAGAACAUCAGUGGUCUGUACAUCAGGGGAACACAACAGUAGAACAUCAGUGGUCUGUACAUCAGGGGAACACAACAGCAGAACAUCAGUGAUCUGUACAUCAGGGGAACACAACAGUAGUACAUCAGUGAUCUGUACAUCAGGGGAACACAACAGUAGAACAUCAGUGGCCUGUACAUCAGGGGAACACAACAGCAGUGUUUCUUUUGUUGAGCAUCGACACACUAUCCUAGAGAGUUACCAAUGAAAGCUGUAGUUGCUAACAACAAAAGUUGAGAUUGACUUUAGUGAAGAAACACCAGAAUCAGAAUUAGAACAAUGAAGUUUGAUGAAAGUAAAGUCUCAAGUCUUUGGCAUUGUGUUGAUGCUAGUCCCACUAAGAUAGCAUCACAGACCUCUGUUAAUCAAUCAAUUCCUUUUUUGAAUUAAUUGUUUUUACUUGUGUCUGCCAGUCACUUCUAAUUGGAGAAUAAAUAAACCUACAAGCUGUAGGAUACUAUACAAUCACAACUUACUUUGCAACUAGUUGGAGUCAACUUAACUCAUUGAGCGCCAUUGGAGCUGGCAAUACAGUAGGCUUGUUGUGUCUAUUUUACAAGCCAAAGACAGAAGAAAGGUACUGGUGUAUCUUGCAGUAUUUUGCUCUUUAUUAAAAACCCUGCAACCUACCUGUUAUUGUCAACCAUAAAUUAUCAAAUAAUAUUUUUUUGAAUAAUGAUUUCACAGGUCCAAUGGCAGCCAUGGUGAAAUCUGAGCCUCUUGACAGCAAUAGUGAUUCAUCGCCAGAUCAAAAGAGGAAGAAGAUGAAGAUGGCUGAGCCUAAUGAUAGCAUGAAGGAACAUCUUCACCGCUUUCUCUUCAAAUUCCUUGAUAAAGAAGACCAGUAUGAAAUCACCUGUAAAAGCCCUUGCAGUGUGUUACAGGCUCUUGAAUUAAGUUCCAAAUUCUGUGAACUAAAGGAAAAGACUGGGAAACAGAAGAUGGAGACAAGACAACAAGAGAAGGCAAUGCGAAGACAAGACCUUGUUAUACAAACAAUGAAAGGAAAGAAACCAAUAGCAACACACUUCCCUUGUCAUCUGAUUAAGAAUGGUGAAAUACUCACCAUAUCAACCAUUUCCAAUGAUAGUGGAGAGUCCACAACUGAAACCACACAGAUUUAUAAAGAAAUUAAGCAAUAUGUCAUUUUUUACAUUGAAUCUAAAGGUGGUAAGAACACCAAAACCAAGCAACUGCUCAAAAACAAAAAACUAGAACCUUUUAGUCCUCUUUGCAUCUACGCCAUCUGUGGAGAGACAGUGGAGACUGCACUAACAAGAGAUGGACGCUUCCAUGACAAUGUGUUCAUUCAAACUUGCACUCUCGUUGAAUCGGAAUCAGAUCCACCGAGGUAUGUUGAGAUGAAUGUACUAGUUGACUGUCUGGAUAAACAAACCUUCAAAAUGAUCCUGGAAGAGAAAAACACCACACAGGCUGCAACUGCCCCUCCACAAGCUGGCUCUAACCUUCAGAAAGAAGACGAGACUAACUCCAUACAACUCCCCAUGUCUAACACAAGCACUGAAACAUCAGCUGCAGGGGAACCCCCCAAAAAACAGAAACAUCCAGUCACAGUGACAGAUUCUGCUGAGAUUUUGAAGAUUCUUCGCCACCAGUUUGCUGAUUUGGUGAAACAGAUGAAGAAGAGGUACAAAAAGAAGAAAUAUUCUGGGGUACUAAGUCAUUUAAGCGGGGAAUUUGGAAAGAGCACAGAGGGGUUCUCUGAAGUCUACACAGUUAAGAAGCUGAUGGAACUGAGUGACUCAGUCUGUAUGAUCGAUGUCAAGGGGGUCAAGCAAGGCACUGGCUUCCUGCUGUUUGAUCAUUACAUUCUGACAAAUGCACAUUUGUUUAAAAAAGAUGGCAUCUUCUAUGUUAAUGAAUAUGGCCAUAUCUCAGCCAAAGUAACUGCCACAUUCAACAAAGAAAAUCCCAGUGAGUCAAAUCUGAAGGAGAUAGAUGUGAAACCAGAGAUCAUUGACUUUCAAUGGGGAUUUGACGCCUACAAUCGACAUGUGGACUUUGCUGUACUAGAGCUUCAGGACGUUGACACCUCCACUGGUCUUCUCUGUAGAUCUAGCCCAGAUCCAAAGACAGGUGGAGUCUGUCUCAUUGGACACCCAGGUGGAGGAGUGAAAAGAACCGACCCCACCACCAUUAUUGAGAGAGAAAGAAGAGGUGAGGCUUUCCAAAGAGAGACUGGGAAAAAUGACAGAAUGGAUAUGCUGAUCAAAACAUCCAUAGAAGAGAAUAAAGAGAAGUAUGACAUGCUCAUGAAACCAGACAACACUGAAGUGACCUAUGACACCUGCCUCUUCCAUGGAGCUUCUGGCUCCCCAGUCUUUGAUGAAUCCUGCCAGGUGAUAGCCAUGCACACUGGAGGGUUUCCCUACACAGAUGAAGGAGUGAAGAGUGUGAUUGAGUAUGCCAUCCCUCUCUUCACCAUACUGGAGAACUUUCUGAUCAACAUGAAGGACAGAAACAAUGUUGAAAUACUGACCAAGUUCACCAGAGAAGCCUUGACAGGCCCCCAUUUGCUUGAUUUCAUUUACAAUUUUAUCAUACACCUGGUAACGGAAUGGAAGCCCUCAUUCAGUGCAGCCUUGACAGCAGUCUGGGAAACAGUUGAGGAAAAUGAGAACCAUCUAGGAAUUAAAGAAAAUCUUAGAACAUGGAUCAUUUCAGAAAAGGAGGUACUGGAAAAUAUUCAGAUAGCAGGAAAUGAAGCUUUGAAAGAGUUCAUGUUGGAAAACAUUCUUGUCAAGUUAUCCCAGACUGAUGAUGAUGAUGAGCCCAUGGAUGAGUAGGUUUUGUUGCAAAUACAUCCAGUGGUUGUAUUGGGAACAACACAACGAUGUCCAUUUAAGGAUAGUCCACCUAAAUUACAAAAUGACACAUUGGUUUCUUUACCUUGUAAUGGACAAGGUAUGACAGCAAUCCAUGCUUGUUUACCUGGCCACUGUUUUCAAAUGCUGAUGUAUGUCUGUAUGUAUGUUGCACUAACCUUAGUGUCUUUCAGGCAUUUCAGGGUAGAUGACCUGUUCUCAGACAAAGGUACAUGUUUUUUCUCUUGAAGACCAGCUUGCCUCACCAUCAGCCCUCUAUAUAUCUACAUAACCACCCCAUACAGCCGUGUGUAUCCCAUCUUGCCUCACCAUCAGCCCUCUAUAUAUCUACAUGACCACCCCAUACAGCCGUGUGUAUCCCAUCUUGCCUCACCAUCAGCCCUCUAUAUAUCUACAUGACCACCCCAUACAGCCGUGUGUAUCCCAUCUUGCCUCACCAUCAGCCCUCUAUAUAUCUACAUAACCACCCCAUACAGCCGUGUGUAUCCCAUCUUGCCUCACCAUCAGCCCUCUAUAUAUCUACAUGACCACCCCAUACAGCCGUGUGUAUCCCAUCUUGCCUCACCAUCAGCCCUCUAUAUAUCUACAUCACCACCCCAUACAGCCGUGUGUAUCCCAUCUUGCCUCACCAUCAGCCCUCUAUAUAUCUACAUGACCACCCCAUACAGCCGUGUGUAUCCCAUCUUGCCUCACCAUCAGCCCUCUAUAUAUCUACAUGACCACCCCAUACAGCCGUGUGUAUCCCAUCUUGCCUCACCAUCAGCCCUCUAUAUAUCUACAUGACCACCCCAUACAGCCGUGUGUAUCCCAUCUUGCCUCACCAUCAGCCCUCUAUAUAUCUACAUGACCACCCCAUACAGCCGUGUGUAUCCCAUCUUGCCUCACCAUCAGCCCUCUAUAUAUCUACAUAACCACCCCAUACAGCCGUGUGUAUCCCAUCUUGCCUCACCAUCAGCCCUCUAUAUAUCUACAUAACCACCCCAUACAGUCGUGUGUAUCCCAUCUUGCCUCACCAUCAGCCCUCUAUAUAUCUACAUAACCACCCCAUACAGUCGUGUGUAUCCCAUCUUGCCUCACCAUCAGCCCUCUAUAUAUCUACAUAACCACCCCAUACAGUCGUGUGUAUCCCAUCUUGCCUCACCAUCAGCCCUCUAUAUAUCUACAUAACCACCCCAUACAGUCGUGUGUAUCCCAUCUUGCCUCACCAUCAGCCCUCUAUAUAUCUACAUAACCACCCCAUACAGCCGUGUGGAACUCCGUAUAACGUUUGUUAUUCUAUCAUCUGGGCUCCCGAGUGGCACAGUGGUCUAAGACACUGCAUCUCAGUGCUUGAGGCGUCACUGCAGUACCUGUUUGAAUCCAGGCUGCAUGACAAUUGGCCCAGCGUCGGGGUAGGCUGUCGUUGUAAAUACGAUUUUGUUCUUAACUGAUUUGCCUAGUUAAAUAAAGUUUUUUUUUUUUUUUUAAAUGAAGGCCCUUUGACUUAACUCUACCCACAGUGGCAGUCAGAUGUCGGUGCCUGGUUGCAAGGUGGACACACAACACACAUAACAUACACAACACACACGGCUGUUUGCUGUAAUUGUCUGGUUCCUUAUGAUAUCCUUUGUAUUUUCUGCAUUUCUCUGAGACUUUGGGACUUCCUGAUAAUAUAAAGAUUCAAUAAAUAAAUAGAACUUCGUAGAUACAACUGUCAACAUAUCAUUCAAAACAUGUACUAUUGUGUUCUACGUUUUUGUUACUUUGAAUUUCACUUGUCUUUGGUUUCACUUGUCACACAUUUUGUUAAAGAUAAUAGCUCAAUACUUUUUCAAUACUUUUGUACUCUUCUGAGAAUGUCUUCAUCAUUUCUUUGUAUAAGGUUGUAAUUGUCAUUACAUUGGAAUUCUGUAUCAUGUUGAAAUUGUUAUAACUCAUUAAAUGAAAAAGAUAACAUGUAUAAGACUAGUGACUAAUAAAUACAUGUGACAAUUACAGCUUUCUCAUUGCAAGUGGACCACACAAUGGUGUGUCUGAUCACAUGACUGUGACCACACAAUGGUGUGUCUGAUCACAUGACUGUGACCACACAAUGGUGUGUCUGAUCACAUGACUGUGUACAUUUAUUAUUGAAACAUUUCCUGGUUCUGAAAACCUAGCCUCCAUUAUCAGGAGAUUGGAUCAUUUCAAAGGAUACAGGGCAUUCUGAGGGCAAAAAAAAUAACUUGAGAAGAGAGAAAUAACAUGAAUCCAUUUAGAGUCGACAGAGUAAUAUUGUCAUCCUGCAUUUGAUCUAAUGUCCUGGCUGUAGAGCUUGUGAUUUAUAUAGAAAUAUCUCUUAUGGUGAUUUAGCCCUCAACUACAGCAAAGAAGGCAACCCUUUCUUUAGCACUAAACAGUGUAGGGUGAGACAGUGGUACAUGUCUAUUACAUAAUCAAUACUUUCAGUGAAGUGAUAAAUAAGCAGAAAAGUACAUGGUAUCUCCACCAUGUUUACCCACAGGCUUUCCAGUAAAAACCCUGCAAAGUCCAGCCCUGUUCAAACAUCAUAUUUACAUGUAUUUACUUUUUAUUACAUUUAGAAAAGCAACAUAGAGACAGCAACAGCCAUUCUUCCACAGUCACAUUCUCCUAACAACAUCAAGAAGAGCACACAGUAGCCUAAUUUAGAGGUGACUUCUUAAAAAACUAUUUUCAGAAACUUAGAACACAGUAGAUACGAACCCUCUUACCUUGCCGUCUAAGGAACUGGCAGUGGAUCAAACCAUUGUGAGGAAAAGGGCAUGGGGUCGCAAUCUUUUGAAACUUAAAAACGCGCUAUUAAGUGUCUAUAAUCAGCAUAAGUGCUUUCAUUGCGUAUUAUUAAUAUUAUUGAAUUACAUAGUUAUGUUUACAGUGAUAUAUUGGGGGGGACAAAUCAUAUUUUUCCCAGGAUGGGGGGGUCGUGUGUCCCCCCCGUCCCCCCUGGAAUUUCAGCCUAUGAUAGAGACAGCAACAGUCAUUCUUCCACAGUCACAUUCUCCUAACAACAUCAAGAAGAGCACACAGUAGCCUUAGAGGUGUUUCUGUUUCCUGAAGUCCACGAUCAUCUCCUUAGUUUUGUUGACGUUGAGUGAGAGGUUAUUUUCCUGUCACCACACUCCCAGAGCCCUCACCUCCCUGUAGGCUGUCUCAUCGUUGUUGGUAAUCAAGCCUACUACUGUUGUGUCGUCUGCAAACUUGAUGAUUGAGUUGGAGGCGUGCAUGGCCACGCAGUCAUGGGUGAACAGGGAGCACAGGAGGGGAUGUUGUUUCCUACCUUCACCACCUGGGGGCGACCCGUCAGGAUGUCCAGGACCCAGUUGCACAGCUUGAUGAUGAGCUUGGAGGGUACUAUGGUGUUGAAUGCUGAGCUGUAGUCGAUGAACAGCAUUCUUACAUAGGUAUUCCUCUUGUCCAGAUGGGAUACGGCAGAGUGCAGUGUGGCAGCGAUUGAAUCAUCUGUGGAUCUAUUGGGGCAGUAUUCAAAUCAAAUAAAAUUUUAUUUGUCACAUACACAUGGUUAGCAGAUGUUAAUGCGAGUGUAGCGAAAUGCUUGUGCUUCUAGUUCUGACCGUGCAGUAAUAACCAACGACUAAUCUAACCUAACAAUUCCACAACUACUACCUUAUACACACAAGUGUAAAGGGAUAAAGAAUAUGUACAUAAAGAUAUAUGAAUGAGUGAUGGUACAGAACGGCAUAGGCAAGAUGCAGUAGAUGGUAUAGAGUACAGUAUAUACAUAUGAGAUGAGUAAUGCAGGGUACAUAAACAUAAAGUGGCAUAGGUUAAAGUGGCUAGUGAUACAUGAAUUACAUAAAGAUGGCAAGAUGCAGUUGUGGGUCUAGGGUGACAGGUAAGGUGGAGGUGACAUGAUCCUUGACUAGUCUCUCAAAGCACUUCACAAUGACAGAGGUGAGUGCUACGGAGCGAUAGUCAUUUAGUUCAAUUACCUUUGCUUUCUUAGGUACAGGGACAAUGGUGGCCAUUUUGAAGCAUGUGGGGACAACAGACUGGGAUAGGGAGAGAUUGAAUAUAUCUGUAAACACACCAGCCAGCUGGUCUGCGCUUGCUCUGAGGACGCGGCUAGGGAUGCCGUCUGGGCCGGCAGCCUUGCGAGGGUUAAUACGCUUAAAUGUCUUACUCACAUCGGCCACGGAGAAGGAGAGCCCACAGUCCUUGAUAGCGGGCCGCGAUGGUGGCCCGCUGUAUUAUCCUCAAAGUGAGCUCAGAAGGUGUUCAGCCUGUCCGGAAGCAAGACGUCGGUGUCCUGGUGGCUAGUUUUCCCUUUAUAGUCCGUGGUUGUCUGUAGACCCUGUGAUGGGGUUCACGUUGGGGUCAUGAUAGGGGCUGCACCAAAUGAUUGAUGUAUUAUAAUAAUUGAUUAUGCUGAUGUUGUAUUAAUAGAAGGGGCGGGGUUAUAAGACCCUCCCCCACAACAUUUAUAGGGUCCUGGACCACAGAUUAGCAAUAUAUAUAUUCAUUAUAAUGUUUAAUACUGUUCCACAGUUCUUUUCUAGUCUCUGCUUCUUAUAAGAAAUGGUCUGGGAUGUGUGAGUUAUUGCAGUAAAAACAGGGUGUCUGUGAGAAAGCGCCUCAAGGCUAAAAGAGAUACAUAGACACAGAACCCUGCAGGGGAGUGAAGAGAUAAGAGACUAGUUAGACACACCACUGUAAACCACACGGGAAUGAAAAAUUACUGCCGAGCCCUUAGAAAACACUGGAACUAUUGUUCUCUCCUGCAAGUUUGUAUAACUGUAUAUGCAGGGGCUUGGUCUCAUGAGUAGAAGGUGUUGACGUAGGCAGUUACAUCACUAGGGGUUCGACUGCAAGCAUAUUAAAGCAACUUUGACCUUUUUUUAUUUUGCAGAACUUACUCUGAAACAUACGUGCUGUGUUUCUGUUGUCAACUUCUGUCUGCAAUUGCAUUAAUAAAAGUUUAAUUGAUUUACUUAAAGAAGA